AAUAUCCCGGGAGCGGGUGUAACAGGUAGAUGCUGCAUGGCAGGUACCUGCAAGGUGUCUGAAAACCGACAGAUUGGAUGUGGCACUGGCGCAGUCCCGUCCAGGAACUGAGUUUUGCAGCUGAUAUUAUUCCCGGUGUCUCCUUGCUGCCUUUGUUUUGGAAGUAAAUGGCUCUCUAACUGCAUUGAAUUGCCCGACUACCUUGCGUGGACGGGAUCUAAUUACCUCUGGAGCUGGGAGCCCUAUCUCCAAGUGGCACCGAGGCUUUUGCUUUUAAUGACUUGCUCUGCCACGUUCAGAGUGUGACAAUGUCGGGGAGGCUGCCAGGACCGGCUGCUGGUGCCACCGUGCUCGUACCGAGAUGGCUGGGAAAGCUAAUAAGAGCUGGGAUGUCUCGGGCCAAGCAUCUGUGGCACAGCGCUGGGUUGAAAACAGAGUUAAUGGGUCUAGCGAUGAGUGCAGCUCUCUGCCAUGUCUUGGGGAGUGGGCUGGAUCACUGGAAAAGUGACUAGAAAAACAUAGCUAGAAACAAUGAGCUGUCGUACAGCUCUGUCACGAUGCUCUGGUAGAGGGAAAGAGUGGUCAAAUCCAGCCAUAUAGCCCCAGCCAGCAGCAGGGUAGCCCCCAAAAAGAGUGGGAAGUGACUGGGAAAUGGGGCACAACCAGGCUCUUGUCUCUCUCCCUGUACCACGAGCUAUCUCUAUCCUCCUGUUAAUGUUUACAAGGCAGGUCCGGUGUCAUGAUGGUCUGUCCAAAGACCAGAUCCCUCCCCAGCUUUCCCGGGAUCCUUCUUCCUGCUGGCUGGGGCAGGGCCACAGGACAGUCACGGGGAGGAAAAGCCCGGCUCCUUGCUGUCUCCAUAACGCUAUUGGCCCCAUAUCCAGCCAUCCCCAGUUGUGGGCACAGAUGAGUAAUGCCACACGUACUGUGUCCUCUCCCGUGGCACCUGGCACCCUGGGGCCUGGCACCGUGGCCCAGCUGGCCUCAGCCCCCCCAUCCCCAGCCUUUUCCCUGCUGAUGGCUGCCCACAACAACUCCCAGGAUGGCCAGCAGCUCUUCCUGACCACGACAACGGCACAGGCCAUCUCUGGCAUCUUCGUGUGGUCAGCACUCAUCGUCACCUUCCACCAGAUCUACACACACCUGAGGAAUUACACCAUGCCCAAGGAGCAGCGCUACAUCAUCCGCAUCCUCUUCAUCGUGCCCAUCUAUGCCUUUGACUCCUGGCUCAGCCUCCUCCUCCUCGGCAGCCACCAGUACUACGUCUACUUCGACUCGGUUCGUGACUGCUAUGAAGCUUUUGUGAUUUACAGCUUCCUGAGCCUGUGCUUUGAGUAUCUUGGAGGGGAGAGCAACAUCAUGACAGAGAUCCGAGGGAAGCCCAUUGCGUCCAGCUGCUUUUAUGGGACCUGCUGCCUUCAGGGUAUGUCCUACUCCAUCGGGUUCCUGCGCUUCUGCAAGCAGGCCACGCUGCAGUUCUGCAUCGUGAAACCCCUCAUGGCAAUCGUCACCAUCAUCCUGCAGGCGUUCGGGAAGUACCACGAUGGAGACUUCAAUGUCCAUAGUGGAUACCUCUACAUCACCAUCAUCUACAACUUCUCCGUCAGCCUGGCACUUUACGCGCUCUUCCUCUUCUACUUCGCCACCAUGGACCUGCUGCGCCCGUUUGACCCAGUCCUCAAGUUCAUCACCAUCAAGGCAGUCAUCUUCCUCUCCUUCUGGCAAGGGACACUGCUGGCAAUCCUGGAGAAAUGUGGGGUGAUCCCUGAAGUUCAGAUCAUUGAUGGGAAGGAGGUGGGAGCUGGGACAGUGGCUGCUGGCUACCAGAACUUCAUCAUCUGCAUUGAGAUGCUGUUUGCUUCCAUUGCCCUGCGCUACGCGUUCACCUGCCAGGUGUACAGGGAGAAGAAAGAGAACUCAACAGCAAACCUUGCCCCGAUGCAGAGCAUCUCGAGUGGGCUGAAGGAGACCAUCAGCCCCCAGGACAUCGUGCAGGAUGCCAUCCACAACUUCUCGCCCACGUACCAGCAGUACACUCAGCAGUCAAUGCAGGAAGCAGAGCGCAAGGCACCAGGGCAGAACGGGCACGUGGCCUCCAAAAUGGAUGGCCAGAGCAGCAGGAAGAGCAAAAACAUUGAGAAGAGAGUGCUGAUCCUGUCAGAUGAGGAGCUGUAGGAGAUAUCAGAAGGAACAGUGACACUGGAAAGAUUUAAACCCGUGCAAAUGGGAGGUGUCUCGAGGCUGAGACAACCUGGUCUAAUCAGAGCACUGGGAAGCCAGGAACUCUACCCAAAAAGCCAGUCUCUCGAAGGGAAGAUGCAAUAACCCAGGGAACGGUUAAGUCAAAUAGUGCCAGCUUCUGCUGUCCCAUCUCUCCUGCUGUUACGGAUGAGGCUGUGUUUGACCCUGCAUUGCUGCCCCACUGCUGGUGCCUCUCUGCCAGCCCUGUGCCAACACUGGGGGAUGCCAGGCAGGCAGGGGAGCCAGGGUGCAGGACAGACCAGCUGCCCUCGCUCUCCUCUUACCUCUAAGCAGUACUGAGGCCUGAGAGAAAUGCUUUUCUCAGCACAGUUCUGUUCUAGUUUCUCCCAAUUUGAGUAAAAAAUGAUCUCCAAGGGCCCUGUGGAGAAAACUAGCCCAGGAAGGUGACUUCGCUUCACCUCAAAACCCGGUAAUGGUUGAAAGACGUCAUUCCUUAUUUUUACAUCUUUUCCCCUCUCCUUCUCCCAGAAAAGCCUACAGAGUUGUGCAAAAGACCUUUACCAUGGAAGAAGAGCAAGUCAUCUUCUUCUCCCUCCAGAUGUGGACGCAGCUGUCUGAGUAACUCCCCCGGGAGCUCGGGCAGGACCUCACUGGGGCUAAUCGGAGGUCUGCAGCUGCAUUUCUGAGAUCUGCCGGUGACAGAAGCACUUGUUUAUGUCUAAAGCAGCUUAUCUCUGAAUGGAUCAGAAGUUAAAAGGGAUUCCAGCUUCCUUAUCAGAGUCUUUAUUAGGGAACUGGACUGUGACUGGUGGUGGUAGGAAUUCACUUACUGGGAACUGUCUGUUCCUCCUAACCCUUUACUAUUCCCAGUCCCUGGGCGUUGCCUGACCUGUGGAAGGCAGGUGGGAGCUGAGCCCAGCUGGGUGACCAUGGUGGGGAUAGAGAGGUGCUGGGGGAUGUCACCACUCAGGGCAGAACCACUGGUACUCAGAUGAUCUCUGUGAACUUACCUAGGCACUGCUUGGGCUGUUGUCUGGGGUGGGAGCUGGGUAGUGGAAGAACGAGGGCAAGUCUGCAGCCUCAGAUUUGCAGUCAUGUGGCAAACAAACUGAUAGGUAAGGCCUGUGUUACACACAACUCCAAGCAUUUGGGUCCUUUUUUCCCCCCCCGCUCUUAAACUGCAAAAUGUAAAUCACAACAUGAAAUUAUUUUAUUUAUUUUUUUUUCUAAUAAACAGCAAUUUCUAGCACGGA